GUCGACAUGCGUCACGUGCUCCAUGCGAGAGUCCGUUCAAAACAGUUUGAAAGUUGUUCCGCCAUUAUGCGCGGCAUUUGUGUACAUUGACGAGAUGCUCCAUAACAACAAACACAACAAAUCUAAUAAUGGCUGAUAUAUCGAAUUUUGAUGUAGAAUUUAAAUCUGAAAAGACCGUCCACAAACGAAGAUCGGCAGUUUUCCACACGCGGUUUUCUGUGGCACGUGACGAAGACGUCAUAAACGUCAAUGAAGUUAUAACCAAUGGAAAUACAUUCACACCAAACAAAGAUAAAGAGUGCAUCGCAAAGAAUGAUGUCGAGGCUUUUGACUUGAAGGAAUAUAUAGAAAAACUCAGGCAGGAGCGAAAGGAUUGGCAGCAGGAAUACAAAAAACGCAAGACUCAACGAAGAAACUUGAGUAAGCAGAAGACAAAUGUGGAAGGACAGGGACAAGUUCACGAUAUAAAUGUACUGACAGAAGCCGAGAGAACCUUUGUUUUGACACGCCCCAAUUAUGAACACAUCUGUAGAAAUAGUCAGAAAUUACAGGAUGUUGCCUUGAAAAUAUCUACUCUCAGUCAUAAUGUACAUAAAUUAAAUCGAAGAUUCAUGGAGAGAAUGGAAAAAAAUGUGGCUAAGGCUACUGCAGAUGUUAUUAAACUCUCAGAGCAAUAAAACAGAUGUAAUUUUAGUAUUAAUUAAUAAUAGCUUUAGUAUUGUUUAUUCAUUCAAUUCUACAAAUUUACAGGUAAUAGGAGCAUCAUAGUAAAAGUAUAAAUAACAAUUAAUUAAAUAUGAUAACACUACGUAUGAUUGAUUAUACAAUGCUUAUUUGUGUGCUACGACUGUGUACAUAGCGUAUUCGCAUGAGAUAGAGAUGAAAUACAAUAAAUAUGAAAUAAUUUACCACA